ACAAUCGGUAACUAUAAAAAUGAGUCACAAGACUCGUUAUGGUGUACAUAACUAUUUUCGAAAAAAAUGUACUUAAUACAUACUUGUUUAAGCGGCUAGACUCCCUAGCGAGGAGAUAACGGUAGAGGACACAGUUACCGACAAAAUGAGAUGAAAACAUAGGUUUACCAGAAUUAGAAUUACCGCUUCUAAACCGCCAUAUUGAAUUUUAGUUCGUCCAAGUUUGCAGCUAGUUCAAAUGGCAGUCAAAACAGUGCCCCAAAAAUUUACUAACAUUCGAGCUAGUGACGAGCUAAAUACCGGGCUGCACGGAUUUCGUUACAUCGUCGCCAGUAGAACCAAAUUCGAGAGAACAAUAUGGUUUGCGAUUUGCAUGGCAGCGAUCGGGUUCUGUGUGUUGCUGAUGAUGCGGCUGUGGGACCAUUAUUCGGACAAUCCUACGGUGACGAUCAUCGACACGUCGAACCCGAUCAAGGAUCUGCAGUUUCCGGGGAUUACGAUAUGUAAUAACAAUAAGGUUUAUAGGAGACACGCUAAUAUAAUCGCGAGAAAAUUGCUGAUGAAUGGAUUCGAUAUCAGCAUGACCAAUAGAUUGUUUUCUUCCUUGAUGAAACUUAUACGACCAGACAAGAUCGAGAUCGAUAACACAACCGCGAUGUGGGCCCUGGACACCCUUGAUUACUCGGUCGAAAAACUGAUGUUUGAGUUGAUGCAACCUUGCGGAGCAAUGUUGGUCAGAUGCGCUUGGCUCGGUCAGAUCUAUAAUUGCAACAAAAUCUUCAAAAUCGUGAAAGCGAACGAGGGCUUCUGCUGCGGCUUCAAUUAUCACUACGACCUUUCGAAAGUUUACAAAAACGACGCAUCAUGGCUGGAGAACAUCACUACAUCCGAAGAAGUUGCCGAGCCGGAAGGAACUUCGGAGUUUUUACCGGGUGUCGCAGAAAUUUUGCGUGCACCGGGAGCUGGCCGUGAUAUUGGUUUAUCGGUCGCCCUGAACAUCGACGCUGCGAACUAUAAAAGCUCGAUAAGAAUGUUCGUCGGUGCCAAUGUGUUAGUACACGAUCCGAUAGAUUAUCCGGAUGUCGGGGCGCAAACCUCAUCCCUGGUUCCGGGCCACGUAAUGACGUUGACGCUUUCCGGGACGAAAGUGAGCAGCUCGGACAACAUGCGCAACAUACCGUUGGACAAAAGGAUGUGUUUGUUCGACGGCGAAAGUCCCGGGGAACGGAAGUACAGUUACCAGACAUGCAUCUCAGAGUGCACCCUGAAAAAUGCUUACAAACCCUGCGGAUGUUUGCCGUUUUUCUUCCCAGACAGCCAUCCAGAAAUUCGGACAUGUUAUUUAACCGAUGUGGAUUGCAUCUUGACCCAUAGGAACACUAUGUCGGAGCAGCAGCUGUCCCACAGGGACAGCGAUUGUAAUUGCCUUCCGCAGUGCAACGACGAGACGUUCGAGGUAGUCAGCGAAUCGAUUCGAUUAAACGAAUUAGAUUAUGACACCGAGCUUACGCAAGGUUUGAAUGUAAAUACUACCUCGUUCCUCUACGUGUAUUUCCGGGAUGGCUCGUAUCUAGAGUACCGCAAGGAAACCAUCCUUGGCUGGGAUAGUCUACUCGCUUCUUUUGGCGGAAUCUUCGGCCUCUGUCUGGGCGGCUCAGUCUUGAGUUUCGUCGAGUUUCUUUAUUACCUGAUUUCGGAGAUGCUCGCCGCCCGCAAGAAGAAAUGCGAAUUGCGAGACGAAAAUCUGCCGCCAGCGUCCAUGUUAUUUGUCUCGAGACCGGCGAAUAAGGACUUGGGAAAGACUGACAAAUGUUUGUUUUACGUCCGGAACGAACAGUUUCCACGGCGCAGCCAGAGAAGCACUUUCAAUUUUAAAAAUGAUGGUGUCCGACCGGUUCGUGAGUAACAUUGUCGCAGACAAUGAAACGGUCUCGCGAAAAUAAGAGUUGCUGAACUUUAUUAGAACGUUGUUUCAUCACCUCGGCGACGUUUGAUUCUUGAAACAUCGCGAUGUUAUAGGAAUUCGCAGUUCUAAACUGAGUACAGCGUCCCGAAAAUCUCGACUUUAGGUUCGAGAUUUAAUUUAAGGUACAGUUUCACAUCGAAAUUGUAAUUGAGAUGUACGCGCACGUGGAAUUCUUUAGUUUGGAAUUAAUUAUAUUGCGCGUGGACAUUAACAUUUACCAUAGCUUAAUUUAUUUCACGUGGAACGCACGGGGUGACGUCAGCAGAGUGCAUGCAUUGCGCAUAAAUUUGAAAAUAUUUCGCUCGCGUAUACCUAAAAAGAUUAUAAACUUCGUGAAAUUACAUUUGACGUAUUCCGCCGGCGAAAUAUCAAUAAUAAAUGAAUACGAGAUGCUCGUCCCAAUUCACGUUUUCACACAUUAAAUCUUUGAAACGGUGCAAUGGAACGAAAUACAAAUUUCUGCUGUUAUUUCAUAAUUCCUUUCGAUCAUAAUUACACAAUUUAUUAAUUUAUUUAUCGUAUUUUAACAUGCGCAAAGCAUGGAACAUCAAUUUAACAUCGAUUCGUUCGAAAAGAGAUGUUACACCGGUAUGUUCCUUCGGUGACUAACACCGACUAUUCACAUUUUCAAUGCUAACAAUGGAUCGAAAUUCGUGAAUGUAGCUUACGCAUGUGCAAACAAAUCUGCAGAGCUUCAUAAAGAUAUGUUAAUUAGUUAUCGUAAGGAAAAUCAUCAACAUUCAUUCUUAGAGGCACCGAUCCAUCGUGUCACCUUAAAUUAAUCUUUAAGAAUUUAUUACACGAAAACUAAAUGAGCUACACAGUUAAAAAAUGUAUGGCAAUGUACUCGUGCAUGAUUCAACAAUAUAGACAAAUGUUGCAACAUGUUA